AUCUAAUGAUAAAGGAAUUCUGCUACAACUUACAAGUAUUGUAUUUGUUGCCUUCAUUCCUUUCUUUGUUUCUUCUUCCUCACUUCCAACCUAAAUCAAAGCAAACAAAAUCACAGUUGAGAAGUUGAAGAAGAAGAAGAAGAGAAAACUCUCCAAUCUUCAAAAUGGAUGAUUACACGAGAGAAAUGAUGGACCUUAAAACCCUCGUUACCCGUACUCUCGAGAAAAAGGGAGUUCUCGCUAAGAUCCGAGCUGAGCUUAGAGCCAGUGUUUUUGAAGCAAUUGAGGAGGAGGAUCAAGUUAUUGAGAAGGAUGAGGGGUUGCCUCCAGCAUUAUUGGGCAGCUGCAAUGAUCGUGCGAAGCAGCUUCAUGCUUCUCCGUCAGGGAGGCUUUUGACUGCUCUUAUAUGUGAAUACUUGGACUGGGCACAGCUAAAUCACACACUUAAAGUGUAUCUUCCAGAGUGUAAUUUGCCCAAGGAUUCCUGGAAGGCUGAGUUGAAAGAAUUCAGUAGCAAAAACGGAUAUGAUCUUAGCAGGAAUGGAGAAAGUGGUCCCGUCCUUUUAGAUGUUCUCGAAGGUUUUUUAAAGUUUGAGACUUUAUCCCAAGCCAGAGGCAGUGGAAGGAGGUUGCCGGGUGACAGUGAGUCUUCAUCAAGUUUAGAGUCUCGCAACAUGCGGAGACCAUCAUCAUCAUCUGUUGCUUCAGGGUUACCCCCAUUAGUGAGGUCUCUUCCUGGUUCUCAGGCUUCUGAUAGGAGAGCAGGGUCUUCUACGUCUAGUUACAGGAAGGAUGAUUACAACUGGAGAUAUGAUGGUGAUGAAUUGUCAGAGGAUGUAAAUCAUGCUUCAGCUGCUCUGGAAAACUUACAAUUAGAUAGAAAAACUCGGAAUCUAACUUCUUCAUGGAGGCAUGGCGGAGAUGGAACCGGUGAGGACAAUGGAGUAGAACACAUGUAAUCACUGUUUUCCACUAUAACUUGUAGUUUUUGCCAUCUCUGUGCUCCAUCUGCAAGUCUUAUUGUGAUUAGUUUAUCCAGGUAGUGAAAAUUUUAAGAUCCUCUGUUUGGGCUUCAAUGUAAUUUCUUUUACUUAUUGUGUGUUUUUUUCCGAUGUAAUUCAGAAUGUGUGCUCCCUGCUAUUGAAUUAAUUGUAGAUUCGUGUAUGCUGGCUAUUUUCUUGCCUAUAGGAUUUAAUAGUAUAAGUGCCAAGCUCAUACAUUUGCUUGAA